CUCCCUGCCAUUACACCCAGCAUAGGGAAGGGCGAUCUUUCCUUUUCUCCAGGCAGAUUCAUGACUUAUCUGCUGAGUGGCCUCUGCACCCACGUGCGUCCGGAACUGAACCCCUCAGUUGUUAGGCCCUUAGACGUGGCUUGCCUCUUCUCCAUAGGUCUCUCAUCUCACUUCUCUGAUUUUUACCUUGUUUCUCUAAUUGCCUUUCUUGUCUCAGUGAUCGUAAAUGCUCGCACAUGGUUUUGAUAAAAGCGGUAAGCUCUUUUUUUUAAUCUUCAAAAUUACUUUGCCUAAAAGCUAUGCCUAUUUUAAAGCAUGGAUGAGGAAGAAUGAAUUCACAGGCCGAAUCAAACCUGAGAUGGAUGUGGUUUCACAGCAGCCCCAGGGCUGCGGGGAAGCAAUGGCAUGGAUGUGGAUUUAGAGUUUAGCCUGUGGGAGGGAGAGUUUGACGACAGAGAGGUCUAAACCCAACCCCGAGUAUUCACACAGCCUGGGUGCCCAUGUUAGGGACACGAGUGGGUUUUCACACAGUUGGUGGCUGAGCUUAGGUCUCCCGAAGUCUUGCUAUUUAUUAUCUAUGGAGGACCUCAAGAAACCUAUAUACUUUUCAUAAGCUUUACUUUCCUCAUCAAAUAGAAUGAGUGUGAAGAACAUAUGAAUACUAAAAAAAUUAUUUAGCACGAUGCCUGACUCAUCGUAAAAGUACCCAGUCAUUAGAGAGGCAGGCUCUGGAGACAGACCACUUGGAUUUCGGUCCUCACUCUGCCAUUUCCUAGUGGUGUGCCCGUAGGCAACUUAGCUUCUCUGUGCCUAGUUGUCUCAUUUGUUAAAUAGUGAUAACAGUAGAACAUAUCUCAGAAUUUUUAACAAAUGAGAGGACAUGCAUGUCCCUAACAUGGCAUUUUUCCUCCCGCGCAUGUGGUAGGAUUUUACUUCCCUGUCCUGUACUUGCCUUGAAAUGCACUAAAGCCCAGUGCAGCGAGCAGGGGAAGCCACAGGCAUCUCUUCUGGUGGGUGUCUUUAAGCCCCGGGGAAUGAUUCACCUGCCACGGCCACCAACAACAUCACAGCAGGUCAGAGAGGCUUCCUCAUAGUCCUCAGGUCCCUCAGCUGAUUGCCAGCAGUCUUGUUAGCAUGAGCAAGAAAUGAACCUUUUCUUCUUUUCUAUCCUUUUUUUUAAAAAGCCACUGAGAUGUUGGCAUUAUUGCCACAGCAAAGCCUAGCACAUUCUGAUUGACAAACCAAGGAAAAGCCCUGCCUCUGGAUUUGAAGUUAGAUUCCAGCCAAAAUGAGUAAGAGGGCAGAAUGUCAGCUAUGUUGGUUUGGACACCUGGCCACAAGGACUUGUGAGUGCCUCUGGAUAUUUGGCAGCUCCUUAGUGGGCCUCUGAAAGCACCCUCAUGUGCGCCGGGAGGUACCUGUUGCCUGGGAGAUGACAGCCAGUUUGAAGGACCGACUCUUUGGUUGGGUGACAGGGAUCAAGAGCUUUUCUUAACAUGAAAGCUGCAUUGUAUGGCUUGGGCUGUUAUCCCUCCCUAGUUCCCAUCUCUGCGUGUGUCUGCAUGAUCAGGCCCCUCUGUGACCCCCAGAGCCUCAGCCCAUGCCCUCCAGGCACCCACGCUGGCCUCUCCCUGCCCUUCACUUGCCCUUUCCCACUUCUCUUAGGUGCAGUUUUGGGUGAUGUGCCUCUGCAUUGGCUGUCCUUCCCUUUUGUUCAUUUUCCUCUGGAGCUUUCAGGGGUUAAAUGUGAAACGUCAUGGAGAGAGCCGUCUUUGGAAGGCUGAACAGUGUGUUCAAGCAGCACUGUAAUUGAUGGAGCUGUGCCUGGCUUCUCGGUGAGCAAGGUAGAACGUCAUGACAUGAAUACCCUAAGCCUGCCCCUGAACAUUCGCCGAGGUGGGUCUGACACCAACCUCAACUUCGAUGUACCAGAUGGCAUCCUGGACUUCCACAAGGUCAAACUCAGUGCAGACAGCCUGAAACAAAAAAUUCUGAAGGUGACAGAGCAGAUAAAAAUUGAGCAGACAUCCCGCGAUGGGAAUGUUGCAGAGUAUCUUAAACUCGUCAGCAGCGCAGACAAGCAGCAGGCUGGCCGUAUCAAACAAGUCUUUGAGAAGAAGAAUCAGAAGUCUGCUCACUCCAUUGCCCAGCUACAGAAGAAGUUAGAACAGUAUCAUAGAAAGCUCAGAGAGAUCGAACAGAAUGGAGCCUCCAGAAACUCGAAGGACAUUUCCAAAGACAACCUGAAGGAUCUGCAGCACUCCCUGAAAGAUGCCCAUGCCAAGUCCCGAACUGCCCCACACAGCACGGAGUGCAGUAAAUCAAGCAUGCCCGGAGUGUCCCUCACUCCGCCUGUGUUUGUCUUCAGUAAGUCCAGAGAGUUCGCCAACCUGAUCCGGAAUAAGUUUGGCAGCGCCGAUAACAUCGCACACUUGAAAAAUUCCUUAGAGGAGUUCAGGCCCGAGGGGAGUCCCCGGGCCUACGGGGGCAGCGCGACCAUUGUGAACAAACCCAAGUACGGCAGCGAUGACGAGUGCUCGAGUGGCACAUCAGGCUCUGCUGACAGUAACGGGAACCAGUCCUUUGGAGCCAGUGGAGCCGGCACGCUGGACAGCCAGGGCAAGCUCACCAUGAUCCUGGAGGAGCUGAGAGAGAUCAAGGACACCCAGGCACAGCUGGCCGAGGACAUCGAAGCGCUCAAAGUGCAAUUUAAGAGAGAAUACGGUUUCAUUUCACAGACCCUGCAAGAGGAAAGAUACAGGUACGAGCGGCUGGAAGACCAGCUGCAUGACCUGACAGACCUGCACCAGCACGAGACCGCCAACCUGAAACAGGAGCUGGCCAGCAUCGAGGAGAAGGUGGCCUACCAGGCCUAUGAGCGCUCACGGGACAUCCAGGAAGCCUUGGAAUCCUGCCAGACGCGCAUUUCUAAGCUGGAGCUCCACCAGCAAGAGCAGCAAGCUCUGCAGACGGACACCGUGAACGCCAAAGUUCUCCUGGGGAAGUGCAUAAACGUGAUCCUGGCCUUCAUGACCGUCAUCCUUGUGUGUGUGUCUACCAUCGCCAAGUUCGUCUCGCCCAUGAUGAAGAGCCGUUUCCACAUCCUUGGCACCUUCUUUGCCGUGACGCUCCUUGCAAUAUUUUGCAAAAACUGGGACCAUAUUCUAUGUGCCAUAGAAAGGAUCAUAAUACCCAGAUGAAGCCACUGGUCCCUGUCUCCAAGUGCUUUCACGUUUCUGUUUUAAAGAAAACUCUGUGCAUACUACCAAAUUUUAAAAUGAACAGUUAUGCUGACUAGAGAUCACCAGGCCCAGGCUGUGCCUUGUAAAUAACUCCCAUUCUCUUCACGCAGUAGCAACUGCCACUCAGCCCCUGUACUUGGUGGACAUGAAUCCAUUGCAGAGCCUUCCCCGCGUUGCUCACUGCCUUAAUCAGACCAGAUUUCCUGCCCACCUGACUAGCCCAGCAUGGUAAACCUCUGUUUACCGAGCAUUUGGCAUAAUCAGUGUGACCCAUGAGAAAAAGAGUUUGAAGCCUCUGUCUCUCUCCCCUAAGUCUCUAUCAAAAUUGAGCUUCACAGUUGCUCAUGGUUGCAUUUUCCCUGAGUCCUGUAAGCAGCAAGGCUAUGGCAGGACUUGCGGGAGGGAAGGAGUACGGGCGUUGGCCAUGGGAGUGCUUGUGGCCUUCAGAAGCACAGCACAUCCUGUGUAAUCCAUUCUGCUUGGGCACAGGCGACACGAGGUCUCCUGCAUUCCAAGUGGUCAGGUGCACGUGGCCCGUCAUAACAUAGACAUCUCACAACACACCCGUUUAUCCUUCGGAAGUCGAGCUUAGAUGUUCUCUUGCACUUUAAAGGGUAAGACACGUAAAAAAAAUAAAUAAAUAAAUAAAAAUAAAGGGUAAGACACGAAGAUUUAGGGGUAGGGCUUUUGCCUUCUUGCACCCAGGGAACUGCACACCUAAUUUUGUUCUAAGGGGCUAUGGAAUAGCUUUCCUACAAGCAUGUAGAAGUGCUUCCAAAUCCCACCCCAAACUGUGGCCUAAACAUUACUGUAGGGUCCCGUAAGCACUACUCUGGAGGUUUGCAUUUCAGCAAAUCUUAAUUGUGAUAAACCCCCUGUAAGGAUGUGAUUCUGCUUUAUUCACUGGCCUUGGGAGGGUUAUAAAGCUUACUGCACAAGUGAAAAAAUGAUGCUCACGUCUUGGGUUUCUUCUUCUUCUUCAAGAAGGACAAUAGAAUUGUACUUUAUAAAGUGAAAGUGCCCUGAGGUAGGAGCGCGCAGGAGGAAGACAGAACGUGUGGUCUGAUGGUGUGGCAGUCGAAUCAGUGGGAGCAGUUCACCUGGGUUAAGACUGAGAAGGUCCUCAGAGGACCUGUAAGACCAGCCAGGAUCAAAUCAAUUAGAUCCCGUGUCCGCACCACAGUUGUCGGUUGUCUUUCAGGGUCUCCCUGACGGGCCUCAGUAAUGGAGUGGCCAUGCUCUCCCCCGGAGGCGAAAGCACGCAAGAGUUCACGUCUCUCAUCUGUGUGGGCGAGCGAGGCUCCUCACUAAUUUCAGCCCAGAUGCUACUUCUCUUGAAAUCUUUUUCUCUCUGUACCUAACGAAGACGAAGAUAGAAGAUUUUAAUGGAAUCUGCUGUUCAGUCCCUCCUUCCACCAUCCACUCUGUUAUCUGAAGGCGUAAAGAUGUAUGUUAGUGUACAUUUUCUUCCAGAAAACAUCGAAUCGCCUGGAUUUAAAUUAAGUGCAAUAUUUUGCGAACAGCUGCUCUUAGGGAAAUCUCCUGAAAAAAUGUGACAGUGUGCCAUGGUUUGAGAGAAUGGAAUAGUCGAGCAUUUGGUACAAGUCCAGUGUGUGUGAGACUCAGACUCAAGCUUCUUCUUUUUUUAACCGUACGCUGAGUUCCGUGGUUUUACUAAAUUCACAAACUUAGGCGACUAUCCCCACUAUCUAAUUCUGGACUCGAGCUUUUUAAAGCAGUCACCAUCAUUUCGCGACAUCUCUGGCUGUUUGUAUUUUGGAUUCAGGGAAGAGGGAGCUACCAGCCCCCCCCCCCCGCCCCCAUCCCAUGGCUGUGUCCUCUUGCACUGUCAGACUCUACCUUGUUCUGCCAAGUUGGCGGUAAAUACACUGUGACCCAUCAAAUCCAGGGGACAGAAAAAGAGCUCCAGAUCCAGGGAAGAAAUGGAGAAAGAAUGGUGUGCUUGCUUUUGCUUCUGUAUUUUAAUGGCCAGCAUUCCCCUUUGUCAGUCUCCUUUUUGCUGAGGGCCGGAUGUAACGUACGCCCUUGGAUCAAGCUGGGUCCUGGUGGGUGCCUCUUGGGUUCUGUGAAUCUUUCUGAGGCCCUUUGGAUGUGCCGGGGAUUGCAGUGGACAAAGAUGCUGCCAUUAGUUUAGAGAGAGUGAGUGACAUGGCCAGCCCUUGAGAUUAAGGCUGCGGGAGGACCCAGGACGUGGACCUGCCCCACAGGCCACUGUGCUCCACUCAGCAUUGGCUUUGACACUUCCCAGACAUGCAGGUCAGUGUGUCUCCUCCCUACGGAGAGAAGUGGGAAAAAUGGAAAGCAGCGCACUCCGCCCUCUCCAGUCUGGAGCUGUUAACAGAAACUGCUAGAAACUGGCUCUGUUGUGAAAUAACCUAGGGUCUAAAUCACCCCACCUGAUCAUGACUUCUUUGCACAGAAUUUAUAUUUCCGGUGAUUCUCAUUAGAUAUCAGAUAACCUUAUUUUCACUUGGGUAGGCCAAACCUACGUGGCUUAUUUAUUUUAGAGUCUUGUUGAAAGUUUAUGAAUCUUUUUAAUAAGCUGAUCUACUCCAAGGAGACCUUUAUUCUCUGCAGAGUUUAUUGUUCUCUUCUUAAGGAAUAAAUCCUGCCAUUGUAUGUUUUCUUUCCUGUGUAAGGGGACUCAAUAAAAUUUUACAAAUUAUUCAAUUAAAACUUGUAAUCCAGCUAGGACAUUUCCUGGAAUUGGCUAUCUAUGCUUACGUCAACUAAUCCUUUUUCCCCCCACCUUUUCAUGGGUCGUAAACAUCUCGUACGUACCUAAACCUAAAGAUAAAAUCAGUCGUGGGGUGGGCAGGCCCUGCUCACUUAGCGAAUUUAGUGAUGAUUAAAGGUAUCGGACAUUGCAUUUUAUCACAGGAUUUUGUGGUGACAUACUAUUUUCAUGAUCACCAUGAUUAUGAUAGUUUGCUGAGGACAAAACAAGAACCUAAAAAUACUCUCCUGUGGGUUUUGAACUGGUUAUUCCAGCUUAUGUUUUGAGUAUGAUCAAGCCCGAACAAAACAUCCUCCCCUCCCCCCAAAAUUCCAACCACAAUGAAGCAGUAAAUAAAAGUACUCCAUUGCUGAUUUUGUACAGAGAGUAGGAUCAGUCCCAAGUUUCUAGCAUGUGCCAUUAGUGGCUUUGCUUCUGUGAUCACCAUGAACUACAGAAAGACUGAGAUCUUCUGAAAAUCCCUGCCCCUUCUCCCAUAAGGCAGUUAUCCCUUUCCGUCAGCAUCAUUCUGCUUUGUCACUCUUGUUUUCAUUGAAAUGUCGCCCUGCUAGGUAUGUUUAUUGCCCUGCCAUUUCUCCAGCAUAUUAGGUUUAAUUAUGGGAUCAAUAACAGUGAUGGGAAUUGGAUUCCCUCAGGCCACCUAAUUAUUUUUAUCCUUUGGGAUUGGAGUUUAAAUACCAAAUGGUUUUGCAUCAAACAGGAACAUCUUUUUGUUGAAUCUAAGUAUAGUUGUAUUGGUUUGGAAAAGCAUUUCACUAUGCUUAUUAAGAUGAACAUGUGUGAUUAGACCUAUUUUGCGUAUUUCUAUAAUUGUGAGGAGUGAGCCAGAGGUAGAGCAAAAUGGCAUUAUUUAAAAUUCAGAGCUUUAUCUGGAGAGAAGUGUUUCAAAAAGUUUAGCCCAUGUGCUAAGGAAGGAGUUGGUCUAAAAAGAUAAGUCACUGAAAAGAAUGAUAUUGGCAUAUUUACAUCAAAGGUAGUUAAGAAGCCAAAAGAUACAGUAAAUGCAAAGUUUGUUAACCCAGAAGAUACAAAGCAAAACUAACCUAUAAUUUUCUAAAGUCAGUGCAAUUAUCUGUUUAUAAGAAGCUGGAAAGGAAUGUACCUUGAUUGUUUUAGGAAUAAUUUGUGUGUUGCAGUUUUAAUUUAUUUAAAACAUGUCCCCUGUGUUUGUCCUAAGAGAAAUAUUUCAACAAAACGUGCUCUGUGUUUAAGAUAUGUUUAGGCAGUAGUUAGCAGUUCUGAAAAUGGAAACUAGAAAUGUUUAUUGUGAGGUGUUUUUGCAGAAUUUGUUUUUGUGAGAUACUAUGUAGUUCCACGUCAGCCUAAAAUUGUAAAUUCUCUGUAGAUUGUCAUCCUAUUCAAAGCAGGUGCCAUUAUUUUUUUAAAUAAACAUUUGAUGUUAGCGUUGAUGUUAAA